AUGAGUUCUGACGAAACAGUUGGCCUUGGUGUGCGUGCACCAGAACGAAUUAAUGCUCCAUUUGAACGUGUUUGGGCAGUUAUGAUUGAUAAAGUCUAUAAUACAUCAAAGUAUUUGCCUGUUCAGGAUGUUAAAACAGAAGAUCGUUCACCAACACAUGUCUAUCGUGAAAUGGCAAUGUGCUCACAGCCAGACAAAAUCAUGAAAGAAGAUAUUUAUUUGGACAAAGACAGUGGUACUAUCAGAUUUGCUGUUAUUGGUGCAGAUGAAAUACAUAUUAAUAAAUUUCAUAAAAAUGCUGAUGAACAAGUACUUGAAUAUUGGAUGGAGAAUAGUAAAGGAGAACGAAUUCCAUGGAAUGCUCCUAAAAGUGCAGUCCUCAAGGCAAUGAAGAUGACAAAAGAUUUGGCUGAAAAAGAAACUGAAUAA